UAUAAAGUCAUAGGUGGUACCUGGGGCGUCUUGAGGUAAUAGAUUAUAUAUACACUUUGAAGCCUUGAGGUAAUCAAUUUACUAUCUUACAGAACUUGAUUGAAAAGAAGCAUCCACGGAAGGCAUGGUCAACAGUGAGGUUCCAACACGUCUUGAGGGAAAAUAUGCUGCAAUAGUGGUUUGCUGGCUCCUUGGCAAUGGAUGCCUUUUCUCAUGGAAUAGUAUGCUGACAAUAGAAGAUUACUACGGAUACUUAUUUCCCAAAUACCACCCAUCUAGGGUGCUUACUCUUGUUUAUCAGCCAUUUGCAGUUGGAACACUUGCAAUACUGACGUAUAAUGAGGCAAAACUCAAUACACGAACACGGAAUCUGUUUGGAUAUAUACUUUUUUUCAUUAGCACUUUGUUGGUGUUAAUUUUAAAUUUAGCAACAUCUGGUAAAGGAGGGAUUGGAACUUUCAUCGGUAUAUGUGCACUUAGUGGUGCUUUUGGAGUUGCAGAUGCUCAUGUUCAAGGUGGAAUGGUGGGAGACUUGUCCUACAUGAAACCAGAAUUCAUUCAGUCUUUCCUUGCUGGUUUGGCAGCAUCUGGUGCAUUAACCUCUGCUUUGAGGUUAAUUACAAAAGCAGCAUUUGAUAAUUCUGGGGAUGGUCUUCGCAAAGGAGCCAUUCUUUUCUUUGCCAUUUCAACAUUCUUUGAGCUCCUUUGUGUUGUUCUCUACGCAUUUAUUUUCCCUAAAAUACCAAUUGUGAAGUACUUCCGCUCAAAGGCAGCAUCAGAAGGAUCCAAAACUGUUUCAUCUGACCUUGCAGCUGGAGGCAUUCGGACAUUACCUGGAGAAGCCAAUGAAUAUACAAAAGAUACAGAACGGAAGGGAAACAAGCAAUUGUUAUUGGAAAACAUUGACUAUGCACUUGAUAUGUUCUUAAUCUAUACGCUAACCCUGUCUAUUUUCCCUGGAUUCCUGUCAGAAGAUACUGGAUCACAUAGUUUAGGCACAUGGUAUGCUCUCGUUUUAAUUGCCAUGUAUAAUGUAUGGGAUCUGAUUGGAAGAUACAUUCCACUCUUGAAAUGCUUGAAGUUGGAGUCCCGAAAGUUGAUCACAAUCGCCAUUCUUAGCCGUUUUUUACUUGUUCCAGCAUUUUAUUUCACAGCAAAGUAUGGUGACCAAGGUUGGAUGAUAAUGUUAACGUCCUUCUUGGGGCUAUCCAAUGGUUACCUCACUGUCUGUGUUCUAACAUCUGCACCCAAAGGAUACAAGGGCCCAGAACAAAAUGCCUUGGGAAACCUAUUGGUGUUGUUUCUUCUUGGAGGUAUUUUUGCAGGGGUAACACUUGAUUGGCUUUGGUUAAUAGGUAAAGGGUGGUGACAUCUCAUUCUAGACCAGAUUAUAGAAAUGGUUGUGAGGUGUUCCUAGUAAAACAUUGAUAAGUGUUUAUAGGUUAAUUUGGGUGCUUGGUUCGUCAUAAACUUGUAAUCCAACAUUUGAUAUAUAUCAAUGAGAGCCAACCACAUUCAACAUCUGAUAAAAUGACAUUCUCUCUGUAACAGUUUUACCAAUGUUCUUGCACAGGGCUGGGUUGAGGCUCCACCUUAUUUAAUUUCACAAUAGAAAUUAUGUUUAUUUUAUUAUUUUUUU